AGUUGUAGUUUAUUUCCGUGUCCAGGCGCAUAGGCUGGCGGGGCGCUUCCGGCCCCUAGCGAACUCCAUUUCCCAGCAUGCUGCGGGCCGGCUCGCUAAGAGGCUCCAGGUCUGGCUAAUGAUCCCUAGCAGUGUGCAGUCACGUGUGGCUUCCGUUGGUUUGUUUUCCAGGGCACUGAGAGGGUCUCUUCCCCCCCUCUCUCCCUCCCUUAAUUCGGAUUUUAUUUUAUGUUUUUGCCCAUAGUGUUUGUUUUCAGUCCCGAGCAGCAGCCUCUCCCCUCCUUCCCAUCACUAUAGGAAAGCAUGAGCGAUAACGAUGACAUCGAGGUGGAAAGCGACGAAGACUCGUCAAGAUUUCCCUAUUCGGCAGACAAACGAGCCCAUCACAAUGCACUGGAGCGGAAACGCAGGGACCAUAUCAAGGACAGCUUCCAUGGUUUAAGGGACUCUGUACCAGCACUCCAAGGCGAAAAGGCAUCGAGGGCCCAAAUACUGGACAAAGCUACAGAGUACAUUCAGUACAUGAGGAGGAAAAAUCACACACACCAGCAAGAUAUUGACGACUUAAAGCGACAAAAUGCUUUAUUAGAACAACAAGUUCGUGCACUGGAAAAAGCAAAAUCCAGCUCUCAGCUGCAGUCCAACUACUCGAGCUCGGAGUCGGAAACUGAAGAACCCCAAAGCAGAAAGAAACUACGGAUGGACGCAAGCUAAACUGGCCACAGCAAUAAAACCAGCAGCCUGUACCAAGCUUAACUUCGGCCCCAUAUUAGCCCCUUGUUAGCUGUUUUACAGACUUUUUUUUUUUCUUCUUUUGGCCUCAUCCCAAUAUCGUUAUGCUCUUGGACUGCAUUUUUUAAUGAAUUUGAAAUGUCUCCUGAUUCGUUAUAGUUUAUAUUCUCCCCGUUACUGUUAUUUAAAGUAUAAGGUACCAUCCAUGUUUAAAAUGGAUUGGAUUUGAAAAAAGAUGAAAAAAAACAGUCUAUGUUGUAUGUGUUCAGUUGCAUGGAAAUACCCAGAAUGCUUGUCUGCAGCCUGGCAGCUGUAUGGUGUAGUGCAGGUUUGUGCAGCCUGUGACAGGUAAAAAAAAAGUGCAAAUGCAGUUGUGCGUUAUUUGUGUCACGCUAAUCAAUUACCGUCCCAUCUGGUUGUUUUUUUUCAUCCGCCUUGAGAAAACGAAUUGACUUGUGCUCCACCUUAAGUUUCAGAUAGGUACAUGGUGCGGCACGUAUGGGUUCAGAUAAGUGUUUGUUGUUCGUUAUUGAAGCAUUAUUUUCAGCACCCUUUUGAUCAUCUGUCCUUUUUUUUUUAGACACCGCACAUUAAAUAAACCAUAGGGAAUGUAUAACGGGA